CGACAGUAGUAGCAGAAACGCGUUAAUGGCUGCCGGCAAUUGAUGGUUGUUAUGAGUGGUUACAGAAUUGUACUUUUGAUUGUGUGCGUGUGUUUAUUUGGUACAAAGUACCUGUGUCCAAUACGUGCUGAAGAUUUUGUACUACAAUGGAACUUCCUAAACCACCUCAAGAAGUUGAACUACGUAACAUUAUUGACAAGUUAGCUCAGUUUGUUGCUCGUAAUGGACCUGAAUUCGAACAAAUGACGAAAAACAAACAAAAGAGCAAUCCAAAGUUUGGUUUCCUCUUUGGUGGUGAACACUUCAAUUAUUAUCAGUACAAAGUUACAACUGAACAAGCAAUUUUGAAACAGAAGGCAGCCCGCGAUAGUGGACUGGCUCCAGCAAGUGCGGUGAUACCUCCGCUGAUGAUGGGUAGCCCCGUGGUGUCGGGAGUGACGGGCGCUUCAACCCCUCUGACACUGGCUGCAGCCGCUGUAACCGCAGCCCAGUGGUUGGCAGUAGCUCAGCAGCAGCAACAGGUGGCAGCGACUCCAAACAUCACGUUAGAGUCGCUGAUAGGCCAGCAGAACCAGCUUCAGGAACAGAUACGACAGAGUGAACAAAACUUGGCAGCUCAGCAUACGGUGUUGAUGCAGCAGCAACAAGGGCAGAUAGAGGAUGCCCUGCGUAAAGCGCAGCAAGAUACUCAACAACAAGCUGCUGAUGAGGCUGGUAUCAGUCUUACAGAAUUAGAUUCUGUACUACAACCAAUUAUUGAUUCAUGCACCAAAGAUUCCAUCUCGUCAGGCAAGGGGUGGAUUCUACAGCGUUCUUCUUCACCGAAAGCAGAUCAAGUGUUGGCACAGUAUCUUCUCAAGAAAGUUAUCAGUCCUGGAGCUCCAUUUACACAGAAACUGCAUAUAAUAUACUUAGUCAAUGAUGUUUUGCAUCACUGUGCACGGAAGAAUGCAGAGGACUUGAAGAAGGCUUUGGAGGAAGUCGUGGUCCCUAUGUUCUGCAACACCUCUAUUGGCAUCACAGAGGAUCAGCAAACAAAACUGAACAAGUUGCUGAAUCUUUGGGAAUCAAAGAACAACUAUUUUGACGCUUCAAUUGUUGAAAAGUUGAAGAAUCCGUCUCGGUCGUGGUCGGAAUAUCAGGCGACGCUCAUUACCCAGCAUGCGGCUGUAAUCACACCCAUCACGACAGCUACCAAACUGACAUACGAGGGGUAUCAGGCACAGCAUCAAGCAUUUGUCCAGCAUGCAUUGCAACAGAUUCAAACACUGGAGCAGCAGAAACAGCAGUUAGAGCAACAGACAGUUGCUGUGAAUAUCCCUCCUCCAGAACCUCAGACACUGCCGCCUGUUCACCUUCAACCGCAGCAGCAACCGCCGCCGGCUUUAGCGGUGAUGUCAGCGGCACAGCAGCCCCCUCCUCCACCACCGCCUCUUCAGAAUGAAGUAGGCCCACCUCAACAUGGACUGCCGUGUCCACCACAACACGGUCCCCCACCAGGUCCUCUGCCAGGACCACCUCAUCAGCAUGGACCUCCCAUACCCCCAAGUCAUGGCCCCCCAGAAAUUAACUUUAGUCAACCUCCACCAGGAUAUUUGCCAGCAUUUCCGCCAGGUCUGGAACUUCCUGAUCUCAGUAAGCCGCCUCCAGGAUUUCCAUUGCCUCCGUUAAAUAACCAGGUACCUCCAGAGGUUGCGCUGGAUGAAUUGAUGCCCAGCGUUCCAUAUUUUGAACUCCCAGCAGGACUCAUGGUGCCUCUCAUUAAGUUGGAGGAUGGAGAAUACAAGCCUCUGGAUCCAGACAGCAUCAGACUCCCUCCUCCCGCUCCGCCUAGUGAGCGACUGCUAGCAGCUGUAGAGGCUUUUUAUGCUCCCCCCUGCCAUGACCGGCCCAGAGAUAGAUUGAUUAUUGACAGUGAAGGCUGGGAGAAGCUGGGACUUUAUGAGUAUUACCGAGCAAAGAACGCUGCCAGAAAAAAGAAAGUUGAUGAUAUCCUUGAGGGCGUAAGAGAGCGUUCCAAAUCACCAUCGCCAGUCAUAUGUUUUAGAUCAAGAAGCCGUUCACCACCUAAAAAGCGAUAUCGCAGUAAAUCACGGAGUCGUAGUCGUUCCAAUUCAAAGACCCGAUCUAAAUCAAAAUCAAGAUCUCGAUCAAGAACACCACCCUCAGCAGUGAAACAUUAUAACAACAGGACAAACAGUUCCAACAACACUAAUAGCAGCAACACAAACAACAAUAACAACAACAAUAAUAAUAAUAGGAGAUCUCCAACAAGAAGACAAAACCGGACAUAUAAGCCUCGCUCAAGGUCUCGGUCGAGGUCUAGGUCAGGUUCAAGGUCACGAUCUAGAAGUCCCCAUGGUCACCAGGCAUCACAGCAACGAAGUCCUGAAAGGAGUCCGACACCACCGUCUUUCCUAGGUUCAACUUACAGCAAGACGGAGGCACAGAGGCAGUUGGAUGAGAGUAAUAAAGGUCAUCAGAUGCUUCGGAAAAUGGGAUGGGGUGGAGCCGGUUUGGGCGCAAAGGAACAAGGCAUUGAGCAACCGAUUUCAGGCGGAGAGGUUCGGGACAAAGUGGAUAUGUACAAAGGUGUUGGUAUCAAUUUGAACGAUCCAUAUGAGAAUUUCCGCAAGAGCAAGGGUCAGGCUUUUAUCAACCGGAUGAAGGCGAGAGCAGAGGAACGGUUAUAGCAGUCGGCUCUGUCUCCAUCUGACUCCAGUUAAGUCAGGUAUGUAAGAUAACUGCAGUCAUAUAAAAGUCAUUCAUAACAUCCUUCCCCUUUUAUUAUUCACUAUCAUCCCCUAUCUGAUAUAUGAUAUGAACUACGGGAAGUGUUGUUAAAUGGACUAGGCAGCUGUCGGUCGUUAACUGUCGAGGCAAAUUUGUGCGGCUGAAAAUUUGUUCCACGAUCGACUUCAGAAGUCAUUCUUAAAACAACUUAUGAUUAAAGUUAGAUUCAUACAGGUGAAUAAAGAAGGCGAGGCAUCUGUACUGUGAGCACAUUACAGGUUUUACCAUCACGUGCUCUGAGAAUAUAUUAAAGCGGGGACCAACAUUGUCCGUCCCGCGCGGUCUGAGGCAUCAUGCUUCGGACAGGUGAUACAGAAUGCGCGCCGGUUCAAGUCUCGGGGAAAGAA